GGCUGGAGCAUUUCAUCUGGCGUGGACGACGUUUCAAGUUGACGUGGAUGCAUGUCUAGCUAACUGGUGUUUCGUUUUUUUUGUCCUUAUCACAGUUUGUUGCGACAUCGUUUCAAUCGAUGAAAGUUUUUAUUUACUGUUAGUUACCUUUUCAAAAUGUCCUCUGUUGAAGAUGGUGAAUGUAGUAACGGCUUGUAUCAACUCAACAAAUUCGAGAAACUGUCGGGGAGGCCUCCCAUCAGAGACUCAGGCUCUAAGAAGAGAGUAAGAUGGCUUCAGGCUCGGCGGAUCUUCUCCCCUUCGUGCCCCAACUUCCGCAUCCCUAAUAGGUUUCUGAGAGAAGGUCACUGUGCCCCCCCGGCCCGCAGCGGGCACCGGUGUGUGGCAGACAAUGCCAACCUAUAUGUGUUUGGAGGAUACAACCCUGACUUUGAGGAGGCAGGUGGCUCGGAGAACGAGGACUACCCUCUUUUCAGGGAGCUGUGGAGGUUUCACUUCGCCACGGCUACCUGGCAACAGGUCCACACAGAGGGCUACAUGCCCACCGAGCUGGCUUCCAUGUCAGCUGUCUUACACAGCAACAAUCUAUUGGUGUUUGGGGGCACUGGGAUUCCUUUUGGAGAAAGCAACGGGAACGACGUCCAUGUCUGCAAUGUUCACUACAAACGCUGGAAAUUGCUCAACUGCCGAGGGAAGAAACCCAACCGAAUCUACGGGCAGGCCAUGGCCAUCAUUAAUGGCUAUCUGUAUGUGUUUGGAGGGACGACAGGCUACGUUUACAGCACAGACCUACACAGGCUGGACCUGACUACCAGGGAGUGGACACACCUCAAGCCCAACAACCCCCCUACAGACCUGCCAGAGGAAAGGUACAGACAUGAGGUGGCCCACGAUGGACAGAGAAUAUACAUCCUAGGAGGCGGGACUUCCUGGACAUCAUAUUCCCUAGACAAAAUACAUGCCUACAACCUAGAGACUAACUCCUGGGAGGAGAUCAUCACGAAACCUCAUGAAAAAAUAGGGUAUCCUGCAGCACGACGGUGUCACAGUUGUGUCCAGGUCAGGCAGGAGGUGUUUCUAUGUGGGGGUUACAACGGGGAGCUGAUCCUAGCUGACCUGUGGAAGAUCAACCUGCAGACCUUCCAGUGGACCAAGCUACCCACCGUCAUGCCUGAGCCUGCUUACUUCCACUGUGCUGCAGUCACACCGGUCAGUACAUCGCACACGCGCACACUUUUCUGGAUGUACGAUUUUCAAUCACGUCUCUCUCUCCUCCCUGUCCUCUCCCAGGCUGGCUGUAUGUAUGUGCAUGGUGGAGUGGUGAACAUGUCAGAGAACAGGAGGACUGGGUCUCUGUACAAGGUGUGGCUAGUGGUGCCCAGUCUGCUGGAGCUGACCUGGGAGAGGCUGCUCAAGGCCUUCCCUCGCCUGGCCCAGCUCUCCUCCCUGCAGCUACUCAGCCUGGGCCUCACACACACCCUCAUCCAGCGCAUCAAGUAGACCACCAGGCCCUCACGGCUGACGUGGGAACAGGUCAAAGCAAGGACAGCGGUGAAGGCCAACGGAUUGUGGAUGGAACUGAGUUGACUCCCUUUCCUGCCAGAGGGAGGAAAGGGAGCAGAGGGACUGAAUGGCCAAUGGAACAAUGAACAGGUGUGUUGGCAUGUCUGGGAAUGGACUGAGGGAAGAGAACUGACGUCAGGUCAUCCUCAAACAUACAUUGGAUGCCAUUUUAAAAAAUUAAGUUUUUAAUGUGUGCACUUUGACUGACUUUGAAAUCCCAAGUGGAAUGUUUGAGAUUUGUGUUGGAGUCCCUGGGACCUGGUGUAUUUCAGGGAUUGUUUGCCUUCAUAUUUCAUUAGCCAUGGCUUAACUAGGAGAGUGGAGUUUUAGUAGAAAUUGGAGUUCACUGAAUGCUACUUAUUUCAUCCUUUUAUAUGUUUGCAUGCAGCUGACCACACUAAUCAUACCCGUUGUCUUGAGUAUUGUUUCAAGGCACUCCAAAGGGCUCUACAAUCUACGCAAAAGAUCUGCAACGUAGCCGAUGGAGGUUAGUUUGCUUAGCUCUCUACGUAGUUCUACGUCUUUUUUUUUUUUGUGCGGCUGAAUUUUUAGAACGUGACGCAAACGUAGCUCCGUAGACUGAAAACCACUAUGGAGAGCCCUUAACUCUACUCAUUAUUCCUCCCACCACACACAUGCUGUUCAAAAGGGAAUAGCGGAAACUUCCAACUCAGUGGUGGUUUAUUUCCUUAUUAAUGCCUAAAAGGACUUUUUUAUUUUGUUUAUUUAUUUUUUGGUCUCUUUGAUACUGUGAUGUAUAGGUUCCUGAGGGAGACAGACCGGGUACAUGAUGCUGAUAAACAUGGUGUCUUGUUGUUUUCUGUAAGGAAGCCCACUGGUAAAGAAGCAGCUGCUGCUAUGUCUACUGACCGGUCUAAUACGAAUAGGUCUCAUUUAGCAGGCUGGUGGGGCAAGGCAUUGAUUUAGGACAGACAGGGCAAAUCUUGUUCUGUAUAGUUCACCUCUUGAGCCAGUGUGACUAUGUGAACCCCCUGUGACAGCACUGUGAUUCUCUAGAACCUGAGUCUUACAGCUUCCGGUCUUAGACACACUGAUCACACACACAGAGGGGGCUGUGUGAAACUGUACUGUAGCACCAAAGUGAAAACAAGAACACGCCAUUUAUUUCAUUUAGUACCUUUUCAGAUCAUUUUUUCCAGUGUCACAACUGUAUUGGUUGUGUAGAGUUCUCUCCUUUUACCAUGCAUGUGUCCCUGAAGCAUGCCUUUUAACUUUACUCCUAGUCACUGAAAACAUGGAAAUGUCCAUAUAGCACUCCACCAGUCUCCGUUCCCCCAUGCUUUACUAAUAUGAGCCAUUGACUCGCUCAUCUUUUAAUGUUGUCCUCCUUCCACCUAUUCUGUUUACUGACCUUUGGUCAAACCAUUCUGUCCAUUACCGUUCUCUUUUUAUUUGGGUUUCUGAAUGUCGAUCACGCAUAGUGAACCCUUAACUUGUGAAUUUGGUUGGACAGACUAUGUAUAGACUUAUUUGGUAUGGUGCAGCCCAAUAUGGUGACCGGAGUGUGGGUGUGUCGAAAGGAGUGGGUGUAUGGAAAGUCAAUCAGCUAAUUGGGCAGAUUUGUUGCCACUCGACCGUUUUGCCUGUCAGUUUAAGCCAGUGGGAAUGACUAGUACACCCGGUCUUGUAUUGCUCCAGCACUACACGGCUGACUCAAAUAACCAAAUUAUCAUUUGUUGAAUCAGCUGUGUAGCGCUGGGGCAAAAACCACAACGUGCACCUCUUGGAGUCCCCAGGAAACUCUGGUGUAACCUAUAGCAGAGCACUACCUUUCCACACACCCACUACUAUCCUUUUGACAUGCCCACUCACCCAUACUCUGGGCGUCAUAUUGGGCUGCAGCUACCCCCUUCUGCAUUUAUCCUAUUUUUGCUUUUUAAAGAUGUGCACCAGUGUCUUCAGGUCAUUUUAACAUUAAACCAAACUGGAGAUGUAUCUGGUGGAAAAACCAAUGAAAUCACGACUCUGCCUUUUAAACUUUUAAACAAUGUUGGGUUUAAUUUUCUUUCUUUAAUAUCCCACACAUUUCCCCUGUCAGUUAGACUGAUAGAAUGUAACUCACCUGGCACCUCUGGUCCUCCUUUUCUAUACUAUAGUUUCUGCACAGAAUACAGGUGCUCAGUCUGAAAUCAAUGCCAAUCCUCUAGCCCCCUGGCUACUACUUGUAGAUCUGGAAGACUAGGUUUGGCUUCUGACAUGUUUCUUACACCCACUCAAAUCUUUUAGGCUCAUGAGAAGUAUCAAGGGAUAGUGCCUAAGGGUUGAUUUUGGACUGGGAAAUUUGCCUUUGCUAUAACUCUACUUUUUGGGAAACUGUGGGCUUCUGUAUGAGACACUGCACCCAGUGGUCUGUAUUGUUUUGUUGGUAAUCUAUGGAAGUAAUAGAUUUUGGAACUCCAUGUCAACCUGUGAAUGUAGUCACUUUACACACGCUGUACUGAAUGUGGAUGGACAAACUGAACCUGACUCUGCACAAUUAAAGGCAAUCAUGAUGACGCUGUCAUGACUCCAUUAGGUUUUUUAAUUUAAUUGUUUGAAUCAAUAAAUGUACUGUAAGCACUUUUUUUUUUAA